CUGUCAUCCGUCAUGGAUUUUCAGUUCAAAGUCCCCCACUCGAUCCCUCAGGAUAUACUCCUUAUUCAAGAAAUUGUCGGAGUUAUCCCUCCGCCAAAAGAAGAUGUCUGGAAGGAUGUCCACAAGUCCACAGACUCAAGCGAUGAUUCCAUCGCAAGCUCGUCCAGCGAGAUUGACAGUGAGGACGAGGUUGAAGCUGAUUUGAUGGUUCCAGAGGAGGAAUCUGCCAAUCCUACGCCUAUUUUGUCAGGAUCACCAGAGUCAGACUCAAGCUCAGACUCUGAUUCUUCGGAUUCUGAUUCCGAGGUAGACGAGGAUGAAACUGCUAAUAAAGCAGGAGAUAAAAAUGUGCUGAACCCUCGAAAACCACAGAUUGAUGUGGACGACGAUGACGAGGAGUCAGGCGCUACACCUGUUGCAUCAUAUGUACAGACCAAAAAUGAGAUUGUCGAGACAGAUAUCGUUGUCCCUUCUAUAUCAGAAGUCGGACCCGAAGAAGUAUUGGAACGAGUUGGCGAGGUGAUGAACAUUAUUGGAAACGUAGUAAUCGUGAAAGGCCUUCCUGCUGAAUCCUCCAGGGCUGCGUCUGAAAAGGCACUAGAUGUUGAGACAUUACUUGUAUUCGAUGAUCGACAAGUUCUCGGACAUGUGUAUGAAACGUUCGGGCCCACUUCCCAACCCUUAUAUCAAAUAAAAUUCAACCAGAGCUACCCACUGGAUCCUGAGAAGAUUCGUGUCGCUCGCGAAGUUUACCAUGUACCGCAACGAAGUAAUUUUGUUUUUAUGGAAUACCUUAAAAAGCUUCGCGGCAGCGACGCAAGUAACAUUCAUGACGAGGAAACCGGUGAAGAUGAAAUGGAGUUCUCGGACGACGAACAAGAAGCCGCGUUCAAGCAGGCACGGAAGAAAAAACGUAGCAUGUCUGUAUCAUCAUCUCGACGAACAACACCUGCGCCGUCGCAGUCUCACUACAAUUGUGAUACUGAUGAAAUCAUCUACGGGGCAAACCCAUACGACGCCCAUGGUCCAUAUGAUGACGGGUACCGGGUUGCCGGGCCGUCGCGCCCAGCGCCUAUUCCAUACGACGACCCGUAUGCUAACGAGGUCAAAGUGGACAUUAUGAAGUAUGAAGAAGAAUUCAACGGGCCCUCCAUUGAGACUCGUCUGUCUGGUAGGGAAACCGAAAGAGACUUCACAGACAGCAGAGGACGAGGGCGGGGGCGUAGUAGGGGUCACGAUAGAGGUGGAGGGGCUCGUGAUGGUGGAAGGGGUCGUGGGCGUGGGCGGCCAGAUCGGGGACGACGUUCAUGGGGAGAAUCUAGAUGGUCUCAACAAAACCCUACGGCUCCUUCAAUGGAACCGUACAAUGCAAGCCGCUCGAUCCCUCUAUUGCCCACAUCUGACGAGAUAGAGCGCGGAACAAAUCAACCAGCUGGAAUCCCCAGCUAUCCUUCACAGCCUUUCUCGCCUUCACCAACGUGGAGUUAUCAGCCAGGCGGCUUUCAAGGUCAUCCGUUUGGACAACAACAGCAGCAGCCACAAUCCGUACAGCCGCACAUCAAUCCCCGAUUUGCGUCCGCAUUUGGAUUUAAUGGUCCUUCUGCAUGGUUUGGGAACCAAGAAGCUCGGGUCAACUCUUAUCAUGUACAACAGCCUGCUCAACCCUGGACGAAUCAGUGGUUGGUGCAUGGACGGGAGUGCGACAACGCGGAGAGCGAUGCAUACACCCCGAUCUAGUAGGUUCGAGUUCAUCCUGGAAUUCCUGUUCGGCACGUUCAAUUGCAUAUAUUUUCACUGAAAUCAUACCUCUGAGCCCUGCUUGGGUCGUCCUAAUAUAAAGCACUAUCGUGCCGGCAGCGAAUAACGCAAAUCGCCUGUCGAGCUUGUCCAUCUUUGGCCUAAGCUAUGUGCAUACUUUGUGCGUACUUCCUUCUAGCUUGCAAUACAACAAUAUUUGGGAUCUCAAGAUGCGCCACACAACGCUUGGAAUAUUCCAGUUAGGUCCCACAUGCCCUUCAGUGCCUGACAGGCCUGGCACUGACAAACUUGCGAAAAAAAAAAUGAGAGGGCUACAUGUAAAUUGGGAUGGACAUAACGAAAAAGAACGGAGACGAUCUUCAAAUCAAGUCCUUUUGACUAGGGCGAACUCGCACGUGUGCUUCAACUUCAGAAGAGAAGCACACGUGUGGGAGGUGAUUCGUGGGUCAAAGUUAAACACUGG